AUGACAUCAGGAGAAAUUCCAUAUAAACCAAAAGGUACUCCAGUUAUUGAAUUUGUCGAAUAUAAUGGAGCUAAAUUUAAAACUGUAUCUUGGUUAGUUCCAGAAGGGAUUGAUUACAAGGGUAAGAUUAUUUGUGUUCAUGGAUUUGCAGAACAUUCCGAGAUUUAUUAUCAAAUUUGUGAUCAUUUAUCUCAAAAUGGAUAUGAAUUAUUCUUUUUUGAUCAAAGAGGUGCUGGAGAUACUUCACCCGGGAAUUUAAUUGGUAAAACCGAUGAAUAUCAUACAUUUAAUGAUUUAGAUUAUUUUAUUAAACGUAAUUUAGAUGCUAGAAAAGAUGCCGAUUCAACGGAACAAUUCUUUUUAAUGGGACAUUCUAUGGGUGGUGCUAUUGUACUUAAUUAUGGAAUUAGAGGGAAAUAUAAAGAUCAUAUUAAGGGAAUCAUUUCUAGUGCUCCUUUAAUCGAAUUACAUCCUGAAACUCAAGUUAAUAUUGUUGUUAGAGUUUUAACCCCUGUAAUUAAUAAAUUAGUACCAAAUUUAAAGAUUGAUUCUAAACUAAAAUGGGAUUAUAUUACAUCAGAUCCUGAAUGGAAGAAAUAUUUAAUGAGUAGUGAUAAAUUGAUUGGUACUGUUAGACAAUUCCAUGAUAUGUUUGCUAGAGGAGAAGCGUUAUUAAAGAAAGAAUAUGCCAGUAAGUUUAGUGAUAAGAUUGCCUUAUUAAUUGUUCAUAGUCCAAUUGAUAAGAUUAAUGAUUAUCAAGGUAGUGCAAAAGUAUUUGAUAAUAUUCCCGAAGUUGUUGAUAAGAAAUUACAACCGAUUGAAGAUGCUCAACAUUCUUUAUUUAUUGAAAGAGAAGAAUUAUUUAAUAAAACUCUUGAUAUUUGUCUUGAAUUCUUAAAUUCUCAUAGUUAA